UUAUAUAUUUCAUUAGCUGUUUUUGAUUAUAGAAAUGGAUAGUUUCAACCUCAUAUAUUCAACCUGUAUAUUACAUAUAUGCAUGUUCCUUUCGUCGGGCAACUCCCUGUUCCCUCCCUACCAAUCCCUCACUGCACGGCCCAGGGGAGCUAUGACAUUAGCUUCGGAGGAGUUCGGGAGACCUUUAGAGAGAAAUGUCGCCAAAUGCCAGGGAGGUCGUGCGCUAGCUGACUCCUCCAUCAUCGGGAUAAACAGCUUACCGAUUCGGAGGAAUUACAGUCUUAGAGUAUCGACGUCUGCCGGGGAAAUGUGGAGUUUCCCCCCGCCGGAACUUGGGGCCUUCCGGAUUGUGUUUUGCCGACUAUCUUACUGCCGCUGUGGCUGUGGCCAGGAAUAAGUAAACGGAUCGUGUUGUUUAUUAGGGGCUUAUCCGGCCCUGGCUCUGCCUCUGUCGCUAUUUUUGUUUUGGUCCCUCCCUCGGUGUACAUAUUUCAUCCUCCGUUUAUGAAUGGUUCCCUUACUUUGUUUAUACAGAUAUGUUUCCGGAGGAAAAAAUAAAAUAAAAAAUUCAAAACCACUGAUUACUUAAAAAAAAAACAUAAACAAUUUGAAACAAAUAAUGACGAAAUGGCUCUCCUUAAUCAAGCAAAAUAUAAAGUAGAGUACUGAAAUUUACGAUAUAUCAAUUCAUCACUGGAUCUCAUUGUAAUUUUUACAACCUUAAUUGCUACAGAAGUUUUAAAGGAAGGAGAUGGUCCGGGGUGGCGGUCAUAAAUAGGCUGAAUAGUGGCUAAAAUAUUUUAUCAAAAGCCGACGUUUCGCCCCAACUUUGCAGGUCUUCUUCAGGGCUAUAACGGACAAGAUACAAAAAGAUAGAGACUUGUAGAAGUUACAUAAUAUCAUGACAAAAAAUAUAAACAAUGUGAAUAAGCUUAUUAAAAUUGUAAACACUAAGUGCAUUAAAAUAU